AUGCUACCACGUUUAAUAUUACCACAACAUGGUCGUUCUACUACCUUAUUGAUUCGACGAAAAUGUUUGCCAGUUUUUUCUCAUGUAUAUCAUAAUCAACAAAUAGCUAAUUAUAAAUCAGCACCUGGUAAAAUUCGUGUACAAGACCCAUUAAUUGGUGAUUAUCCUAAUUUACCUUUUGAAUCACGUUUAAACAGGCCUGCUCUUGGAUGGGAUGAUCAACAAAGUAGAAUAAAUUUAGAUGAACCUAUUCAUGAAGAAGAAGAUGCUUUAAGUGUGUGGAGUCUUGAUAUUUAUAAUUAUAAAAAUUCUACCGCUUUAAAAAGUCUCGGUAUUUUUUUCUCUAGUGUUGGUUUAUUUGGAAUCGUCAUAGCAAAAACUAUGCCUGAAAAUCCUACGGAGAGGAGGACUUAUCCUUAUGAAGGAUUACGUGUUGAAUUAGGAAGCGAUCCACUUAAUCCAGAAGACAAAAGUCAAGCUGCACCCAGUGAAGAUUAA